UUGGCCUGUGCCUCGCCUGUCAAGCAUUUCAUUGUUCUUGGCUGAUGUCACUCCCAGUUGUUACCAGCGCCUCUCCGGGUGACAAUGUGGGACUAAGAGGUGCAGCCAGCCUGGGGACAGACAGAAAAGAUUUAGCUGCUUGCGUCCCUACUAGACCCUGGGUGCUGGUUUGCCCAGAAGCCGGUUCAUGCAUUCCUAUACCAUGGCGUCGCCAGACAGGAUGAGUGGCUCAGAUACCGGCCUGGAGGAGCCAGAGCUCAACAUUACUCUCACCCUCCGGAUGCUCAUGCAUGGGAAGGAGGUUGGCAGCAUCAUCGGCAAGAAAGGCGAGACCGUUAAGAGGAUACGGGAACAAAGCAGCGCCCGGAUCACCAUCUCUGAGGGAUCUUGUCCCGAGCGGAUCACCACCAUCACAGGAUCUACGGAUGCUGUCUUCAGAGCCGUCUCCAUGAUCGCCUUCAAACUGGAGGAGGACCUGGGGACAGGAGCCACCAACGGAGGAGCUGUGUCCAAACCGCCGGUGACACUGCGGCUGGUCAUCCCGGCCAGCCAGUGCGGUUCUCUCAUUGGCAAAGCUGGCGCCAAAAUCAAGGAGAUCCGUGAGACCACGGGAGCACAGGUCCAGGUGGCAGGAGACCUGCUGCCCAAUUCCACGGAGCGGGCGGUCACGGUCUCGGGCGUGCCAGAUGCCAUCAUCCAGUGUGUGCGGCAGAUCUGCGCAGUCAUCCUGGAGUCGCCACCAAAAGGGGCCACCAUUCCCUACCAUCCCUCCCUCUCCCUGGGGACAGCUUUCCUCUCGGCCAGCCAGGGCUUUUCCAUGCAGGGCCAGUACAGCGGGGGGCCUCAAGCCGAGGUGACGAAAUUGCAGCAACUCUCUGGGCAUCCCGUUGCCUUCACCUCUCUGGGCCAGGCACCAUCCCUGGUCCCAGGCCUGGACGCCAGCCCCCAGAGCAGCUCGCAGGAGUUCCUGGUGCCCAAUGACCUGAUUGGCUGCAUCAUUGGCCGCCAGGGCAGCAAGAUCAGCGAGAUCCGGCAGAUGUCCGGAGCGCACAUCAAAAUCGGGAACCAGAGCGAGGGCUCCAGCGAGCGCCAUGUGACCAUCACGGGGACCCCAGUCAGUAUCACUCUUGCCCAGUACCUCAUCACAGCCUGUUUAGAGACAGCCAAAUCUACCUCCCAGACGUCCCCCAUCUCCAGCCCCGUUGACCUCAGCAUGACCUUCUCCCAGUCCCUCAAUCCAUCGCCGGGCCCCACGCUGACAGCGGUAGCCGCGCCCCCUCCCACCUUGCUGGGUGGCCCUUAUGCCAUCUCCCUGUCCAACUUCUUCGGCCUCAAGCCCGUCCCUUUCCUGACGCUGCCCCCUUCCUCGGCCACGGGGCACAACGGCAGCCUCGCCACCUACACGACCAAGAUCUCCACAGCCAAUGGCGCCAAGAAAGCAGAACGGCAGAAGUUCUCCCCGUACUGAGGCUGAUGGGUGGGAGGGUGGCAGGCCAGAGAGGAAGGGGGAGACCACAGGAUACCACCCCCCCAGUUUGUGGGACACCAACAGCGCCACUCCAAGGCAGGCACCUGAGCCAGCACCACCCCAUGCUGGGGCAUCCCGAGCUAUAUGCGGGGGUGGACGGAGAGGUAGAGAACGUGGAGGAGGGGGAGGGCAGCCUGGAGCCCUGCCGUCCCUGGUGCGUCCCCUCUGGACGAUGGGGGGGGCUGUCUCAGCCUUGCACCCCCCCUCGCUCCCCCACUUCUCCACUCCUGGAGGGGCUGGCUCUGUCCCAGUUAGCUUUAGUGCUGUAACUUUUAGGGGAAGUUCCCAUCCCCCCCAGCCCUUGGAGUUGGAGGGCACCCCCACCUGACAGCGUAGUGCUGGCCGCGCUCACCCCGGGUGGGCGGGCAGGUGACAGGGCGAGGCUAGAGGCCAGUUUGAGCAUAGCUCGAGGCCCAUGCCAUGCUGCCGCCGGAUGGCUGGGGGCUGCUGGAAAGGACAGAACUGGAAUCGGUCACACUCUGCCCAGGAGUCGGCGCUUUUAUGAUCUCCAAGUACGUAGACUUGUACCAAGCUGGAAACUCAGCCCCGAGCCCUGGCCUCCCCUCCACACACAGAGCCCUGCUGGGAACCAGGCAAUGGGCUGGGUCAGGUUUGGAGGGCUACCCUCCAGCAGAAAGGUGCCUGGCCUGAAGAGAAUUCAAGGCAAAUGCUCAGAAUAUCACAGCGCCUGUCCCUCUUCUCUGCCGGGACAGGGGAGACACCCCCCCUCCACACACACAGGUUCUUGACUCUGGGAAGGGGCAUGGUCGGGUAUAUAUUGGGCUAGCCUUGUGGCUUAUUUGCUGCUACAGUAACUACAGCUCUGGGAAACUGAUGGUGACUAAUCAGGAACGCUCCUGGCCUAUCCCUGGGGCAGAACUCCAGCUCUGGCAGCUAAUGCAUGGGCUCAUUUGUUCCAAGGACUCAUUAGCUGUUGGAGUCAGUUGUGAUUGGAUGGAGAUACCAGUCAAAGCUUCCUAUGUUUUGCCCCUUCCCCCAGUGGUUCCAUGGAGUAACUCCUGGCUCUGCUUUCUCCUUGGAGGAAGCUCCCAGGUUCUGCCCUCCCAAGGGUCCAUUACUAGGACUCUUACCCAGCCUGCACAAAACCACGUGAUGGAUGGAUGGAGACACCCACAGUCUCCUCCUUGAUGGGAAGUUACACCCUUGGAAGUGCAUCCAGUGCCUCCCUCAUGGGUGGAGCCUGGGGUUGGGAGAGGGAAACCAGACUAACAGUCCUAAAUAACGUCCCUCCCCUCCCCCAGUUAUCCUAAUAGAUCAAACCAGGGGAGAGAGAGAGAGCCAGGCCUUCCUUGCUCAAACGCUUUCCUGCUAGGGGGAUCGGAGGAGGCAGGGUUGGGCUGUUUCAUUCUUAGAAGUACUCCAUGGUGGAGCAGGUGCAUCAUGAAGCAUCCAGCCGGGCUGCGGGCAUCGAACCAGCAGAGAGACUGGUGACUCCGAACAAGGGAUUACAGGGUGCUAACAAACUGGCUGAGUCUGGAGUGGGAGCAUAGGGUCAAGUAACUGCACAGCGAGACUGUUCCUUAGCAAUCAGCUGUGUUCACCCGGCACUGAACAUGUGCUGUCCUGGGUGUCUGAGACCCUGGUUCCCACUUUAGAAACACCAUGAUCCAAACAGCCUGUAGUCCCCGCUGCCAAAUCCUGGUGAUCAACAGCAGAGAGCAAAGGAGUCUAGGGGCCUGAUCCCAGCCAGGAUACAUUAGUAUCCCUCCACUGAAGUCAAACACCCACAGAGGAUCUGGCCUGGCAUCUCCUGAAGUUCUGCCUCCACCAGGGCCAGCUCCAGGCACCAGCCUAGCAAGCAGGUGCCUAGGGCGGCCAAUGAAGAAGGAGAUGGCACGUCCGGCCGUUUGGCGGCAGGGCCGUCACUCCCUCUCAGAGCGAAGGAACUGCCGCCGAAUUGCCGCCGUAGAAUGAAUCUUUUUUCCCCCCCCUCUCUCCUGCUUGGGGCGGCAAAGACACUAGAGCCAGCCCUGGCCUCCACAACAAAGGAAUCACCCCCUAUCCCCGCCUCUCCCAACAGAGAUCCCACCAACUGUGCAAUGAGCUGUCUCCACCCCAUCCUCCACUUGCUGGUGAACAUCUCCCCCAACAUCCCCCUCAAAAAGCUUUGCCCGCCCGCCUCGCCCAGCUGUCUUGGAAAAUGCUGUACAUAGAAUUCUCUAUUUUUUCCUUCUUUGUAACUUAUCACCAGUUCAAUAAAGAGACAAGGCUUGUGACCUCAGGAC